AUGACACUGCUAUGUCUCUCGGCCUGUGCCACAUCGGUCCUCGCAUCGCCCCAGAUCCCUGCAGCUCCGGGCUUGACAUACCUCUACUCGCUCAACUGCACGUUAGGCCCGUCCAUCCAGGUCGGCGGCGGUCCGCAUGGCACUCGUGUCGUGAUUCCCAUCAUUGGCGGAACUUUUUCAGGGCCGCAACUGUCCGGCAAGGUGCUCAACCUCGGGGCUGACUGGGGUCUGGUCGACAAGAACGGAACUUUUUCGGCCGACACUCGGUACCAGCUGCAGACCGACGACGGAGCGCACAUCUUCAUCCGCACGUCUGGGCCGGCGCAGCCAGACGGGCACUUGCACUUGCGCAUGGUUUUCGAGACGGGCAGCGCCAAGUACUACUGGCUCAACAACAUUGUCGCUGUUGGUGUCCUGACGUCGAGAAACGGCUAUGUCUUGAUCGACGGCUGGCAGCUGGAAAGUCCAAAGAAGUAA